UGGAAUAACAGAUUUCCAGAGCAAUGUCACUGCCCAUUCACUCGACAACCACGCAUGGUUUCCUUUGAGGUCAUGUUUAUUUUAGUUCAGAUAGGGGACGAACGCGUUCGCGACACUUUGUGAAUGAGAAAAGGCACACUCAUUGCAUCCCUUUGCUGGAUUGCCCAUCUUGCUUCAUUCGCUGCGCUCGGCAAAGGAAUACAUUCGUUUGCUGGACCUUUCAUCAUAUACAUCUCAGCUGUCAAUGACUGCAAGGACGUGAAUAGUCCUAUCGUGACUCAUAGAACACGUUUUAGUCAUUUCAAUCCCAGACGGCCAUUCGACAAGCAGACAUUGUCAGGGAAUAUAACCGUUCCUGUGCCGAUUGAUGACACAUGGUGGGGAAGCAUUACGCUUGACAUCCGAUCAAAUAACCAAUGGAAAAGUAACGCAUUUAUCUUCAACAUAACUCAACAUUUCUGUAGUGCAAUGCGGAAAAAUGUUCCAGGCUACUUCCACGCAGCGUUUGGGCUCGACCCGAACAGCAAGGCUCCGUGCCUCAUCCCCAAUGGAACCCACACAUUUAAAGAUGAACCUGUAUCUUGGGACCCGCCUAACGUCCCCAUAAUGCCGUAUGGAUUCUACCGGUCACACAACGUUGGGGGAGUAGGAAGACAUAUGCACGCCUGCUAUUUGACAGAAUGUCACAUUAUUCCGAAGCCUACAUAGCACGUUUUAUCUUUACAUCACGGGUUUGGCCCCCCGUAAGGUGAAAAGGAGGGCCUUUUGCAAUGUGGCCCACACCACGUCAUACAACUCAGACCACAGACAAAAGGUCAAUGUCACUUCAACAUAUUCGAAUGUAUCCAAAAAAUAAAAAUAAAAAAAUACGGGUGUUUAUU